CCAGCCACCACGUCGCGCCCAAAAAACCGCUUAUCCCUCCCUGCCCCGACCGCUUGGCCUUGGCCGCGAGUCCGCGACCAUGGCGGCGCAACACGUCCCCGUCCUCUGCAGCAACUGCCCCCACCGCGCCUUCGCCCUCAUCGCCCCUCCAACCUUGCCCAGACGCGGGGCUGCGAGGCCGCUGGCCUUACCCCGCGGCUACCUCGGCGCGCGCGGGGGGGACGCGCCACGACGCUCCCUGGCCCGGGCCCCCGUGCCGUCCGCGGCCAAGCGCGGCCGCGGCGAACUGGCCGCAGAAGAUGCGGCAGGCUCUCGCCGGCUGCUUCGGACAGUGCUGUGGGGCGCCGAGGCUGCCUACAUAAUCUGGCUCUUCCUCCUCCCCUACGCACCGGGUGACCCGGUGUGGGCAAUCUCGCAGGCUACCGUCAGCGAUCUCAUCGGCCUCUCGCUCAACUUCUUCUUCAUCCUGCCGCUUCUCAACUCCGCUGGUGUUCAGCUGCUCGAAUCGCCGGUGCUUCACCCGAUGGCCGAAGGAUUGUUCAACUUUGUGCUCGCUUGGACGCUGCUGUUUGCGCCGCUUCUCUUCACGGAUUCUAGGAGGGACCGGUACAAGGGAUCGCUCGACGUCUUGUGGGGCAUUCAGAUGUUCCUCACAAACACUUUCUUGAUACCUUACAUGGCUAUCCGACUGAACGAUCUGGACACGGACCGGUCCACACCGCCAAGAUCACAAUUGGGUUCAGUUAUGGUUAAAGGUGCACCGGUUGUGGGCGCCAUUGGCGGUCUCGUCUGCGUUUUGUCGAUUGUUUGGGCUCUCUUUGGUCGUGCAGAUGCUGGUUUCGGAGGCAUUGUGGAACGGUGGCAGUUUGCGCAGAGUUAUGUGUUCUCGGAUCGUGUUGCUUACGCAUUACUCUGGGACAUAUUGCUGUACUCAAUAUUCCAGCCAUGGUUGAUUGGAGACAAUAUUCAGAACGUGAAGGCAGAUGCUACUGGGUUUAUGAAUGUAGUGAGGUUCGUCCCCGUUAUAGGCCUAGUGGCCUACCUCUUUUGCUUAGAGGAAGAGGCUUAGCUGGUACCUAUAUUUUUGUAAAUUUCUGUGAUCAUUUGGGUUAUCGAUUGGUACGCAGUUGAGUGAAUUCUGUACUUGGUGGCAGCAUUUCAGCAAGAAUUUCUCUUUCAGGAA